GGAAUUGAUACAGAAUACAUGCUCGGUUAGGUAUAAAAGAUCUGGAUUUUACCGAAAAUAGUAUCAGUCGAUUAUUACGCAUCUUCUCAACAAGUUCACGGUCCAAAAAGACGGAAUUAUCAGUCAUGAAUAACCUUAUCACUCUCUCCGCUGUCUUUGCAUGUGCCUUUGCAGCACCAAAACCAGGAUAUCUCACUGGUGAACAUCCGGCUCCAGUUGUAACCGGUGAAGUUAUCGACACUUAUUCCUUGCCAGUCCUUACAAGCUACCCAGCACCAGUGGUUAAGACCCUUUCCACACCAGUAAUCACUGGUUAUUCAGCGCAGCCCCUGUCGUCCCCUCUGUAUAAGACCUUGGACGCACCCGCAAUUACGAGCCACUCUUCGUCGUUGGUGAGAGGAGUCGCUCAUCCAACAAUUACAAGCUACUCAGCACCACGCUUGGUAUCAAGCUACUCGGCACAACCACUGGUGUCAAGCUACUCACCAUUGGUAUCGAGCUUCUCCUCUCCAUCGUUCGUUUCGAGCUACUCUUCCCCUUCGCUAGUGUCACCCUACACUGCACCAGUCGUUAAGACCCUUCACUCAUCCCCAAUUGUUCAUCAUCACACCACUGCUGUCUUAUAG